UGAUCUGGACCUCGCCGAAGUAUCGGUUCUUGGAUCUCAGCCAAACAUCAGGCUGGCAAUUCCAGCUCGUUGUCGCAUUGCGUCGUACACCUCAUUGUCUCGCCCUGCCUAUAUGACCGACACCUGUUUACUGCUUCGGGCUACGCUUCUUUCAACUGCAUUGUCUCGCCACAGCUUGUUUCCUCUUCCGACAUCGACGCUCAGUAAAAUCUGACGUCGUGUCCUCAAAAGUUUCAGCUAUGAGCGAUUCCAUGAAGGAAGUCAUCGAGGCUCUCGACCCCGUUACGCAAAGCAUACUUCCACCCGAUAUCAGCAUAGGUACUCUGGUGCCUCUGAAGACUGUCCUUGAGCUUAGAGACAAUCUUUCGCUUGGUUCUGCCUAUAUCACACGUGCGCCCAACAAAGUUACUAAUGAUGUUCUAAAUGUCGCCCGAUCUCUAGCUGGUGAUGAUGCCGCUAACAACCUACCUCAUCUGCGUCGGUGCGUCAAGCCUGGAGACCUCCCUCCCCAUUUAAAGGCUCAGUUCAUGAACGAAGGGAAUGGAAGAUCAGUUCAUGCUGGAAAGUCCAACUUCCUAUACAUUAUUCUCGGCGUGAAAGAUGAGAUGCCGUAUGGGGAACUUGUGAGAGGACUUGCCACAAUUGAUGACAUUAGAGAUGACAUUUUUGUGGCUGAGGUUCCUAUCCCGCUUCUAGCACCUACCUCUCAAGUUCAGGCCAAUAUGUGGUCGCAGCAGUUUUGGCAAACUGUCUACCGCAAGAGUAACCCUCUUGGUCCUCACCCAAGCACUAUUUCGCGAACUGAAUCUACCGUCUCCCGAGAUGCUUCCAUCUGGAUGACCUUGGCACAUCAGAUUGCUAAAAAGUCCCAGAAAGCUGGGUUCGGUGAACCUAUCGGAGCUGUCGUCAUUAAACGAACUAUACCUGGAGGGAAACAUGAAAAAAAGACCAUCACCAACAAAGCAGUAUCGGUGACCUCCAACGGCGAAGGUACCGGAGUUACAGAUGAUGUCGAGAACGUCGAGGCCGCCGAUAUGGCACCUGAUGAUGGCAUGAAUGACAAUAAGCAAAUGGACGACUGCAAGUCAGAGACCCUGACUCAAGAUAUUUCAGCUUACAAGGAAGAAGCCAAAGAAACCACACAGAUUGUGGCCAUUGCUGCUGAUGCCCGCUGGCAUCAGCAAGAGAAGACUGGUCGCACUGGAAACCCUAUGGCCCACGCCGCGCUUCGAGCAAUCAGUAUGGUGGCACAGAAACUAGUGCGAGCCGAACAACGUCCCCAAAACGAACCACAGAUUAUGGAGUUUGAAGCUUUUCAAGACAAGCCACUGCUUAACGACGAGCAGAUUGUAUUCAAUGCUGAUCACCCUUGUCCUGAUGGCUACUUGUGCCAUGAGCUGGAAUUAUACCUGACUCAUGAGCCAUGCACGAUGUGUGCCAUGGCAAUUUUACAUUCGCGUAUGGGCCGGAUUGUCUUUCGUCACCGUAUGCCGUUGACGGGAGGUAUGACUUCGGAGGAUCGAGGCUACGAUGCUUGCAGUGGUUCUACAGUUUGUGAAGGCAGUCCUUGUGGUGGAGGUAAAGGCCUCGGACUCCAUUGGCGCAAAGAGUUGAAUUGGACCCUACUGGGAUGGGAAUGGGAGGCUGAUAGCACCGAAGCAUUGCCAGUUGACGCACACCUGCAUGCAUAAGCAUUUUCGGCAAUCGCGGUAUGACGACAGUCAGUUUAAUUUUGCGACGAGGGAAUUAGGUAAUCCUUUCGUCGGGGUUGGUAUUACUGAAGAGUAUGUCA